CUCCUCCCGCGGCUGCCGCAGCUGCCGGUUGCACACGGCCUCGGCGGCGGGCGCGGCGGGGCGCGAGCCUGUGGAGCGGCGGCCGGACGCGCGGCCCCGGCGGGCACCCCUCCGAGGGCGGCCGAAGAAGCUCCCGGGAGAGGAGGAGGUGAAGGAGGAGGAGGUGGGGGGCUGCGACGGCCGCGGGACCCACAGUCGGCGCCUCGGCCUCUCCGCCCCCUCCCCAGCUUUUCUUUCGCCCGCUCCUCUCCGGCUCCGGACCGGCGCCUCGCCUUUGUGCGAGGAGAUGGUGUAGCCCCGCGGCCGCCCGAAGGAGGAGCUGGACACUUGUCUGCCGGCCCCGAGCUGCGUCCCCGCCCCUGGAGGAGAGACCCCCCCGCUCGGCUCGGCGCCUCCCGCGUCUCCCGGCUGCUGGGGAAGCCUCGGCGCGGCCGGCACCAUGAGUGAACAGAGUAUCUGUCAGGCAAGAGCUGCUGUGAUGGUUUACGAUGAUGCCAAUAAAAAGUGGGUGCCAGCCGGUGGUUCAACUGGGUUCAGCAGAGUUCAUAUAUAUCACCAUACAGGCAACAACACAUUCAGAGUGGUGGGCAGGAAGAUUCAGGACCAUCAGGUUGUGAUAAAUUGUGCCAUUCCUAAAGGAUUGAAGUACAAUCAAGCUACCCAGACCUUCCACCAAUGGCGGGAUGCUAGACAGGUGUAUGGUCUCAACUUUGGCAGCAAAGAAGAUGCCAAUGUCUUCGCAAGUGCCAUGAUGCAUGCCUUAGAAGUGUUGAAUUCACAGGAAACAGCCCAGAGCAAGGUUACUGCUACCCAGGACAGCACUAAUUUGCGAUGUAUUUUCUGUGUGUUCUAUUUAGGGCCAACAUUGCCUAGACAAAAUUCACAACUACCUGCCCAAGUUCAGAAUGGCCCAUCACAAGAAGAAUUGGAAAUUCAAAGAAGGCAACUACAAGAGCAGCAACGACAAAAGGAGCUGGAGCGGGAAAGGCUGGAGAGAGAAAGAAUGGAGAGGGAGAGGAUGGAGAGGGAGAGGCUAGAAAGGGAGAGGCUGGAGAGAGAGCGGCUGGAGCAGGAGCAGCUGGAGCGGGAGCGCCAGGAGCGGGAGCGCCAGGAUCGCCUGGAGCGGGAGCGCCAGGAGCGGGAGAGGCUGGAGAGGCUGGACCGGGAACGGCAGGAACGAGAGCGGCAGGAGCAGCUAGAGAGGGAGCAGCUGGAGUGGGAGCGAGAGCGGAGGAUAUCAAAUGCCGCUCCAUCCUCCGACAGCUCCCUGUAUAGCGCUCCACUUCCUGAGUAUGCCAGUUGCCAGCCUCCUUCAGCACCUCCUCCAUCAUACGCUAAAGUCAUCUCAGCUCCAGUGUCAGAGGCCACUCCUGAAUACGCUGUAGUGACCGCUUUGCCACCUACUUCCACACCCCCUACACCACCACUUCGACACUCCGCGACACGUUUUGCGACAUCUCUAGGUUCAGCCUUCCACCCCGUUCUUCCCCACUAUGCUACAGUUCCUCGUCCUCUGAACAAAAACUCUCGACCUUCUUCUCCUGUGAACACACCCUCUCCUCAGCCUCCAGCUACGAAGCCCUGUGCCUGGCCGACUUCCAAUUUCUCACCCCUCCCUCCAUCUCCUCCAGUAAUGAUUAGCAGCCCCCCAGGCAAAGCCACGGGUCCAAGGCCUGUCCUCCCCAUUUGUGUUUCUUCUCCUGUGCCCCCGAUGCCCCCCUCACCAACAGCGCCCAACGGGCUGCUUGACUCUGUCCCGCACCCCGUGUCUCCGCCGCCUACCUCAGGGCCAGCAGCGCCGCCGCCACCGCCGCCACUGCCUUCCCUGGCACCACUCUCACACUGUGGAUCUCAAGCUUCUCCUCCUCCGCCUCCGAGCACCCCUCUUGCCUCAACUCCCUCAUCCAAGCCUAGUGUUCUCCCUUCUCCCUCUGCAGCUGCCCCUGCCUCUGUGGAGACUCCUCUAAACUCUGUGCUGGGAGACUCCUCUGCUCCUGAGCCAGGCUUGCAGGCAGCCUCUCAGCCGGCCGAGACUCCAGCCCAGCAGGGCAUUGUCUUGGGACCACCUGCACCUCCACCCCCUCCUCCACUCCCGCCAGGUCCUGCCCAGGCACCAGCCAUACUCCCUCCUCCCCCAGGACCACCUCCACCCCCUCCACUCCCAUCCUCAGGGCCUCCGCCCCCGCCUCCUCCACCACCUCUUCCCAAUCAAGUACCCCCUCCUCCUCCUCCACCUCCUGCUCCUCCCCUCCCUGCAUCUGGAUUUUUUUCGGGAUCCAUGUCUGAAGACAAUCGCCCUUUAACUGGACUUGCAGCUGCAAUUGCUGGAGCAAAACUUAGGAAAGUGUCACGGAUGGAAGAUGCCUCUUUCCCAAGCGGAGGGAACACCACUGGUGUGAAUUCAGCCUCGUCUAAAACAGAUACAGGUCGUGGAAAUGGACCCCUUCCUUUAGGGGGUAGUGGUUUAAUGGAAGAAAUGAGUGCCCUGCUGGCCAGGAGGAGAAGAAUUGCUGAAAAGGGAUCAACGAUAGAAACAGAACAAAAAGAAGACAAAAAUGAAGACUCAGAGCCUGUAUCUUCUAAGGCCUCUUCAACAACUACACCUGAACCGACAAGAAAACCUUGGGAAAGAACAAACACAAUGAAUGGCAGCAAGUCACCUGUUAUUUCCAGACGGGAUUCUCCAAGGAAAAAUCAGAUUGUUUUUGACAACAGGUCCUAUGAUUCAUUACACAGACCAAAAUCUGCGCCUUCGUCACAGCCCAGUGCCAAUGGAGUCCAGACGGAGGGACUAGACUAUGACAGGCUGAAGCAGGACAUUUUAGAUGAAAUGAGAAAAGAAUUAACUAAGCUAAAAGAAGAGCUCAUUGAUGCAAUCAGGCAGGAACUGAGCAAGUCAAAUACUGCGUAGAGAAACAAACUAAAAGAGAUAGGACUUUAAUCUGGAAAAAAAAAGAAAAUGAAAACCUGCAAAGAACAACUGUUAGCAACGACAAAACCCUUACAUUUUGUGAGCUGUAAGAAGAAAAUGGAGACACACAGUCGGAAGGAGGGAAAAACCAACAUACUUUGAAAGCCUUCAAACAUUAUUACUCCGGUGGAUAAGCUAUUUCCCUCCCAGUUUGCUGCUUUUUUCUGACCUUUACAACAGGAUGGAAGAGAGUCGUAUAGGAGUUCCUGUGUCAGUUACGCAGAAAAUAACUAAACCCGUCAGGCAAGAUCACCGUACAUUGAAAAUAUUUUCAUGUCAAGAGACAGUUGCACAUUUUCCACAGUCCAUUGCUAAAAUAAAGAGGAAAAAGGCUUGAGAAGUUUUUUUUUUCAGAGAAUGCUGAUGAAGAAUUUAGCAAGUGAUGCUAUUGUAUUGUAAAUGUUUCUCUCAGGUUUGUCUUCCUAUCAUAUUUGAUAUUCCAUGGAUAAUUGAAGUCAGCCCCGUGUAGGUUAAGAUCAUAAAGUGUGGAACAAAUGGAAUUGUAUGUGCUUUCAAAAGGUGACAUUUAUAAGAAAGUGUCCUAAAAAUGAUUUGUCCAGAGUGAGGAAUUUUAGAAUGAUAGGAGGUCUCUCGAGUUUAGCCUUCAUGCAAUUUUGUAGAUUCAAACAUAAAAUUCAUCCAGAAUUUAAAGAUUUAGAUGCCUUCCUAAAUUGUUACAAUGCUUUACCAAAUCUAUGACUCCUACAUAACACAAACCAGUGGUCAAAUGUAAAACAAUAUAUUGUAGAUUUACUGUAGGUUUUCAACCUUUUUUAGAUUACUGCAUGUGGACAUUUUUAUAACGUAACUACAACCACCACAAAAAUUAGCUUUUUUAAUUGCAGACUGUAAUGCAUGUUAAACUAAUAUGUAGUGGCCUUUUCAAGGCCUAGUCCCAGGGAAAACAUUUUGUAGAGUAUAGGGAGUGGGAGGAGGGGAAGGAAUAAUUUUUUAUUUAAAGUUAAUUUCUGCACUAUCUUUUUUCUCAGUUAUCUGCAUGAAUAAUGAUGAGGAAUAUUUUGUGACUUUAAUUGGUAAAUAUGUUAACAGAACCAAGUACUUAAUCUUUUACAUCAUGUCUUCAGCUGUUUGUAUUUUAAUUCAGUAACUUCAGUGGUCUGAAACAUGAUUCUGAGCUUCACAUGAAUUCUGUCUUACUGUGGAAUUCAAACGUUCAAUCCUUGAAUCUGGCAGUUAUUGUUACCUAGGUGCCCUGUAGUUACCCAGGUGUUCAGGUAUACAUUCCUGACUUCAGAGCUGCUUUCGGACUUUUACGUUGAAAUACUAGAAAAGUAACGAUGGCAGCGAGUAAGGUCACAGAAAUCAUCAGAUAAAGGGAAAAACGACGAGGGGUCCUGCAUAAUUUUCUUUUAAUAAAUAAAGUGAGACUUAGGUGGUAGGAAGAAGGAACUAGAUGCUCUGCUUACCACCACGUGCGUGUGCGUGUUUGUGUGGGCACUCACGUGUGUGUGUGUGUGUGUGUGUGUGUGUGUGUAAUGCACUCCCUUUUCUUUGAAACUUCUAAGAAUAAAAUAGGGGAGCAAUCCUGUAUGUUACAAUGAUAGCAUUUUUUGAGAAUCUAGGAAAUCAGAAAUUCUCCAGGCUCUCCAUCUUGGUUUAUGCUUGAGUUGUUAUGUGCCAUAUUUGCUUUGAAAUCUUUGAUUAUCUGUAGUUUUACUAAAAUUUUGAAGAAAUAAUCCACUGUUGUCUGCUUUCUGGAUUUCUUAAUCUACCUUCAUAAGACAGAGCUUGUUGAUGCAUAGUUUUCUAAAUGCAGGUUUGCAGCCAUCACCACUUCAAAGAGGUUUGAAUGAGGAAAUUUUUUUUUCCUUAUUAAAACAGUUCUUGUUUCUGUAGAAACUUCAUUUUUAGAUUAAUCUGUGAUGGAUGAGCUAUCAUAAUUCUAAUAUGCAGUUCUUUUUCUAUCAGCUAUUCAUUGUCAUCCACCAGGAAAGACAUUAAAGAUGCAGCAAGCUUAUAGAAAUAGGAGGCAUUUCCAUCUUUAUUACCAUACUUUUGGUUAUGCAAACACUUUGGUGAUAGAAAUGUUUUAUGUCCCCCAUAAAUCUGGUCAGAAAUCAUUUUUGAUUUUGUUGAUUAAGUUAAACAGUAGGAUAGAAUACUGGGUACAAGUGGUCCAAAGUAAGAUAAAAGACUAUGCUAAAAAUGCUAGAUCUUGAAGAAGAAACUGGUUUAUGCACUGAACGUUUUGUGCCUUGGUCUAAAUAUUAACAUGUCUGUGUAAAAUGACAAAAAGAACCAGUGUUGAAUCGUAUUUUAUUUCCUGUCACUCUGCUUUAUCCCAGACUGCUAAAUGUGUUCUUUCCAAGAAGUUUGGUUGAAUUACUGUAUACGUUUACUGUCCUGUGUGACAGUUUUGUCAUUGUUAGAGAUUUCAGUAAUUAAAAUGGGAAACAGAAGCUUAGGUUAUUUUCCUUAUCAAAACUCUGUUCUUUGGAGCCACGUUAUUAUGAUGGCUUUCGUGCUCUUGUACAUUGGAUGUCUUAAGCUGAGUGCAGUUUAGGGGAUCCUUUCUAAUUACAGGAAGGUACUUCUUUCCUUUAACACUGUGAUCUGACCUGGGACAAAUCUGUACUACACACUAUGUAAAUGGCUAACAAGUCAACUGCAAACCGACUGAAUGUACAAACCUUAGUGCUGGUGCUGAAAUCUCUUCAGAAUAGUCAUCAUGAUCUCAAAGUUUGUUUCAGAAUUUGCAAGCAUCAAGUGUCAAUCAAAACUGAAGAUGAAACACUAAUGAAUGUUGAAUUCUCAUGCUUUAGGUGUACUUCCUUUAUAGCGUUUUUGUUUCUCUGCUGUUUUUACCAUACUGUUCCAUUUAAAUUUCCUACACGCUAACUUCGUUUGUGCGAUUGAAAUAAAAUUGCAGUAUAUACAUGUUGCUUGUUUGUGACACUUAGAUAAUCUGACAUAAUCUGUUGGUUCUAAAUAAGUUGCUUUGAAUGUAAAAAACACUCUUUAAAAUCCAUGGCUUCACUACUUAAAGUUUACAUAUCACGACACUAUUCUUUAAAGAUUUCAUAAGUCAUAAAUACUAAGUAAUGUAUACAAAGGGAAUAUGUGGUCAUGUAUCUACUUUUUGCUUGGAAUAGCUGUUGGGUGUUCCCUGUUUGUUCUUAGUUUCUCUUGGCCCAGCUUGGUAUGGUGUCUUAUAGGCCAGAAUAAUACGUGUUUAAGUGUACUCCAUUUUGUUCUACAGCAGAGAUACAUUAAGCUCAUUGAUGGCAGUUAAAAUUUUUCUUAAUGUAGUUUGCAGCAUAAAGGACAUUGUAUAGUCAAGGGCCUUAUUGAGUACUGAAUUUUACAUGUAGUGAAAUCUGUAUCUGUAGUGUUUGUUUAUACAGAAUAUUGAGUUCUUGAUACCUGCGUAUACAUAGCAGUAUGUUUUAUCUGACUCUUAUGCAGUAUUAAUUUUGAGUUUCGCUUUAAAAUUCUGUCUUCAUUAGAAACACAACAGCCUUUGUCUUUUCUCUGCCACCAGGUCGUAACUUUACCUUCCUUCAUCUUCUCCACUUCUCAUGGCCCCCUGUCCCUGCCACUCACUGACAUUUGCAGUUAUUACCCAGACUACAGGUGUACACAUAUUAACCGGCUUUUUUUCUCUAUAUCCCGUCUCAGGUUCUUGCUUCUCUUUGUGUAAAAAUUAGAAUGUAUGUCUACAAACUUAAGAAUCCCUUCCCAUUUGAAAAUGAAUGGCGUACCAGGUGGUAACCUUUAAAAUUUGCCUAGAUACAACUUUGUUUCCUAAAUUUGUAUAUACUGUUGGUGCCCUUGUAAAGAAUUGCCCUUUAAGUUCUACAGAGAAGCGUUAUCCUGUGAAGCACAGUUUACAGAGGUAUGCCGCAGCUUCUCUGGAUUCCUUUUUGUAGUCAUCAUAAUUUUAUAUCUAACACCAUUAACCUUUAAAUUCUAUUGACUAUAAGCAUAAAAGUGACAUCACAUAAAACAUACUGUGUGCAGGAACCCUGUAGGAACUCUUCUCAAUUCCUUUGUGAAGCUAUUACAUAAUCCACUUUCCUAAGGACAUCUACUCCAGCAUUCACGUUAAAGCUCCAGACUUGUUCCUGGUAGUACGGUUUUUGUUUUUAACAGAAACGUGAAUUCAUAUCUGUUCAUUUCCUUAAAGCUCAAUGGGAUGAGAAAGGGAUCCCAAGAGUAUAUUGAAAUUACUGAUGCUUAAUACCUCCGACUUUUUGCUAAGAAGCCAUUUCAUAUUUAGACUUAGACACUUCUGAAGUAGGUAUAAGGAAUCUUUGUCAAUCUGGGCAAUUAAAAUUGUCCCAGGUACCUUUGGCUACAGAAAGGCACAGUGGAGAACGUUUAUUCUUAAGGGUAUCUUUCUCAAACACAUUUGCUUAAGAAGCUAAAGUUGGCAACCUCUUAAGAAAGGACAUUUAUGUGAGCCAAGGACUGUUGAGGGCCUAGAAUGUAGACACUAUUCCAAACAUCCAGGUAGACUAUGGGUUAGGUUUGUUCCCUUUAUGUUGUCUCUAGUUCCUUUUUGAGGCUCAGAAGGUUUUCAUAUCUGUUCAUAAUACUGGACAAGUGAAACCUUCAAGUUUUCAGAGUCUAAAAUUGAUGAGAAAGUAUUACUACGGUAAAUUUAAGGUGGUCAGGGAUGUGCAGCAUCAGUGUAAGUCGAGGUCUACGAUAGCUCCCUCGUGAUGCCAAUGCUGAACUCACAAAAGAGGCAAGUUGAAUCCGUAAGGAGAGAUAAUUGAGGGUCCCUAAUGUGUAAAUUAUGUAAAUUUAUAUCUUUCUAAAUAGUUGUUUUUUUUUAAGAGUCCCUGUGAGAGGGUAACUAAAUGACAGUCAUAAUGACUGAGGAGGUUAGAAGAAUUACUGCCACAUUUAUUGGUUUUAUGUUAAAUCUGAUGAAAUCAAUAUAUGUGAAGGUCAAGAAAUUUAAAAAGGACUUUUCUUUCGGUUAUUAUAGAUUUGUCUGUUGCACAUGCUCUAAGCUAAAAUGUUAGGUCAAUUAAGGCAUGGAGUAAGCUUCAAAUACUUGCUGAUGAAUGUAACAGAAUAAAUAAAGCUGAAACCUCAGUGAAUUGUUGGAGCCAAAAAGUCACAGUGAGCUGUACCCCAGAGACGCUGAGCAGAGAGCAGGGCCCCUGGAAGCUUCUGGAAUUGGGUCAGCGGAUUCCUAGUAAGAGAGAGGAGAUGCAAUGUUUUAAGAGUUCUACGUCUCUUUUUAAAGGCAUAUGUCUAGCAGAAAACUCAGAUACGAUCUUUUCUCAGCUGUGUUCCAAGAGAAGACAGCUUUCAUUUUGAUAAAAAUUAUUAGAAAUUCUUACAUAUUUCAUAAGAGGACUAAGUUUGCAUUUAUUCCAUAAACUUAAAAAUCUGUAUACAAAUCACAGCCUCAUGGUUUAUCAUGUUUAGAUUUAACUUUUUUCCCCUUUGGCUCCAAGAAUGAUUUCUUUAGCAAUAAAUAAAAUGAUUUUUAAAAUAUAUUGAGAAAUCACUAAUGGGCAAUGAAUAAUGUUAUAUGGCUAUAUUUGGUUUUUAGUUAAUGGUGGUUCUUCCAAGAAGACAGUACAUAUUAAAAAGCAUGUAGUUAGUUGGUCCUUUGGAUUUUACAGGAAAUGGCACUUAAAAAAUUGAUAUUGAGGAGAUAAACAUUGGUAGGUAUUUACAUUAAAGGGUCUUUAAUUAUCAGGUCCCAGAAUUUCCAGUCAAAUCUAUAGAAAUUUCUGAGAAGAUUGAUUCUUGGCUUACACUUAAAAUGCAAGCUCUUUUAACCAUACAAAGGAAAUGUGCCACAGAGGCUUUUAAAGGUGAUUCUUAACAGUUGCUACUAAUGUUUCAUGCCGUUAGUCACAACCAUGGACCCUUAGUCUGAGUCCCUUUAAAAAUGAAAGGCAUUUUAAAAGACAUUUUUCAGUUUGUUUUGUUUCAGGUAAGAAGUCCCAGUCUGGAAUUUUUAUUGUCAUUAACCAAGUUAAACUCGGGUGUAAACUUGAUUUGUCCUGCCUGCCGUGGCACCAGCUGUGUUAAAUGUUUCAGAGUUCUCGCAGGUGCUCACUCAUACCCUCAAGUCUGAGGUUAGUCAGUUCUCAGUGGUGGACAGCUUAGUACUGUCAUCCAACCCCCAUGUGACCAUGGGUGCUGCCAGGCUGUCAGUGCCAGUGGUCUGACAAGUGGAAGCUGGAUGUGAUGAACUCAGUAGACCGGAGUGAGUUCUAUACCUUGAAGCAUCAGUGGUAGGCACUGGCUUUGUCACUAAAGUAUCCAGGGAGAAUCAUAACCCAUGAGAAAAGUAUUGGGAAGGUUUAGAUAUUCAGAAAAUAGAGUGUUGUUAGUAUUAAAAUCUGGCUUAAUUUUCUGUUCAUUUUUCCAAGGAGAUGGGAGUUUCAGGCCUGAGCCAAGGGGUAGUUCACAAUUUGGUUUCCUUACCAUAGGCAACUUGGCUUUGUAGGUUUCAGUUGCAGAAAUUUAGCUGUAGAGGGUAGUGUUUGGUCCUCACAUAAAACAGCCUUGUUUUUGAAAGUAAACAUCGUUGAAAGAUUGUUUUUUUAAUCCACUCCUUCACCCUUUUCUUAGACUUGACAGUGUGUUUUCCUCCUCCUCCUUGGUGUGGGAAGUGGACCGGCCAGCGGCCUGGGCUCCAGUCGGCUUGACCAGCUGUCAGGCUGCAGGGUGAUCCAUGUCCUGCCUGGGGCCACGUCUCUGCCUGCCCCUAACAUUUAGCUCUGCGUGUGAUCAUCCAGUGUGUGCUACAGCCACUGGAUUGCUUACUUGCUUCCUUUUCGAUCUAAGAGAAGAAGAGGGGCCUGAGUUUUACAGUCUGGUCUUAAAGAUCCACUUUUUAUUGUUUGAAACUCUUGAUCCUGUUCGCUGGAAUCCAUGCAUCCUAGGUGUGGACAAUAAGGGAAAAUCAGUGAAAUGACCACUUUGAGGUCAGUAGUGCUGUGUUAGUGCUGGGGUAGCUGCUACUCCAGGGUCCACUGCUCACUUGUGGGCUUUCACAGACCGCGUUACGGGUGUCUUUAUUCUCCCGGCCUUGGCCUCAGCCUGGAAGCACACACAUCCAGCCAUUCCCACAGACCAGUCUGGGAUCAUGUAAGAUGUGAGACCUUGCUCCAGUUGCAUACGUUACUGACAAGUUCCUUUUCGCUUUUUCUGGCCUAGCAGCUAUUGUUAAGGAAGCACUGCAGAGCUGUUUCUAGGGGAGGAAUGCACUCCUGCAGCUCUUGUUUGCCCUGAGCCUGCUGUGUGUGUUUUCUGUCAGUGUCAUCUUGGGAGGAAUGGUUCCCUCCCCUCUCUGCCCUUUUCAUUAUAUACAAGUGGAGAAGCUUGUUUUUAAUCCAAAAGACUGAUAGCAAUUCCUUGGCCAACCAGGCGACUCCUGUACCAUUUGGGUGGAGGUGGUUCUUAGUCCUUGCUUGAUCUUGAGAAGACUGGCUUAAAGCCAGAGGUUGAAUGAAUGGGAAGGUUUGGGAUUAGGAAAGAUGAGUCCUGUUCUGCAGACUUUCUUUUUCUUCUUGUUGGGCAUCUGUGUGUUCUGAAAUUCAUCUUUUGUUCCCAGUAAGAUACGCUUUUACAUAAUGUAUGUGUUAUGGGGGGUGGGGUGGAGAAUGAAGUGUUUCUAAGAAAAGUGAUUGAGCUAGAAAGAUUCUGUCUUGAGACAUCUGCAGUUGAUGCAAAAUAUUCGAAACUCAAUUACAGUAUUUACACAUUUUCAUCUUUUUUUGGUUUGCUUGAUAAGACUGAAUGAGGAAGCAGUCUGUAAUUAUAGCAACAUUGCAAGUUUCCGCUCUGUAGCUGGAGUAGAGAGAGUGGGUGAGUUGGGGCUGGCCGCAUCUGUGCAGCAGCGGAGUGGGACUGCAGGCAGAGGUCAACCCAGGUAAGUUCCAGUGCAGAGCAUUCUGUCGCCCCACCUAUGGGAGGCGUUUUCAAAACCUUUUACUUGACCUGAACAAAAAUCAGUUCCAUUGUGCCCUCUGCUGACCUCUGGGGAGUUGAAAUGACCAUAGGUGUGAAUGACAGGAAGUCUUUUUGGUGCUUUUUAUCUUUUGAGAAGUGGGGAAGUCAGGAAGAAACCUUUCCAGUUGGACAGCAACCUACACCGUUUCCAUUACAAGAUUUAGUAUGUUAAAUACGUUUUCAUUUUCAUACCUUCUGAGUUGUUAGUCCAUCAGCAUCUUGUAGAAGAGCUCCAGUUGGUAGGAUUUGAAGGUGAAUUAAUUAUGGUCCAAAUGGGUUAGUCUACCAUGUUAUCUUGCUUCGCUACACAAUUUUAAAACUAGAAUUAUACAUUUAUGUCCUUAAAGAGUAUACAGAGCUGUUUUAUUUGCUAAGGAUGUGAAUAUUUGCAGCCCAUGGAUCUGGGGCUUUAUAAUCUGGAGUUGAACCUCUUAGGGCAGUAUGGACUGAAACAACUCUUUAAAAGUUAAGAUUGACUUAAACAUACUGAAGGCCAUAUUUUAGCUGGUAUUAGAAAUUAAUGUCAUGCAGAACCUCAUGUAUCUUGUCUCAUGGAAUUUCUGAGUUAUUGGCCUCACUGAAUGUCAGGAAUAAAACUGGUAGCAGCUUUGUUUUCAAGCAACAGAUUGUCAAUUGCUGCUUGACUCCAAUUAUUUGUAAAUCCAAAUAAAAGGAGAUCUUAUCAUCGUCAGGAAAACAUUACCUUCCAGGCUUGGCGUCUGUCUUUAAGAAGGGAAAGUGGAAGAGAGGGUGAGACAUGAAACCAAAAGAGUGAGUAGGCUUGGUGGGAUUAGAUGGCACCUAGGUUUUGCACCAAAGUUUUAAAUAUGAAUAAAGAGGAGGACCACUUGCAAGACAACUUAGGAAGGACUUGCCAGAAAGCCGCAGCUCCUGCUGCACACUAGUGCCUUCAAAAUGAUUCUCUGUAUGAAUUGCAUGCAAUUUCAUGUAACCAUAACGUGUAACUUGUAUGUGCAUGACAUGUGUCUAAAAUGUGUAAAGUUCAGCAGAAAAGGGGUAUAGCUAGCCCUGUCAGUGGUGGAUCAACAAGCCUGCUGAAGCCCUUGGACUUAAUGUGACUUAGGUCUGCCGCAUCAGAGCCGUGUGUUUGCUUUUAGCAACCAUGUCAUUGAAAUCAGAUCCACUCCUCCCUUUCUACUUCCCUUUCCUACUUUGCAGCUUUGCUGGUUUUAACUGCUUCACUCUUCUGCUUCUUGGUAUCCUCUCGUUUUGAAAUAAAAAGAUGAAAUAC